AUGCAUCAGAAGAACAAGGAAACGGCGCUGGAGCAAGAGGCGGCCCUGGAGGAAGCGGAGGAGCCGGUGCAGGCAGAUGCGGAGGAGGAGAAGGAGCCCAAGCUCCGAGACACGCCGGAGGACAUUUCCUUUGAGGCUUCAGCCAACACCAUCGCUUUCCACCCCAGCCGGGACAUCAUAGCCGCAGGGGAUGUGGACGGUGACGUCUACUUGUAUUCAUACUCCUGCCUGGAGGGUGGGAACCAGGAACUCUGGUCCUCUGGGCAUCACCUGAAAUCUUGCCGGGAAGUGUCAUUUUCCCACGAUGGUCAAAAGCUCUUCACAGUGUCCAAGGACAAAUCCAUCCAUAUUCUGAGUGUGGAGGAGGGCCGGCUGGUGACACGUUUCCUGAAGGCUCACAGCUCUGCCUUGAACAGCCUACUGGUGAUAGAUGAGCACCUGUUUGCCACGGGAGAUGACAAUGGAAUGCUAAAGGUGUGGGAUCUCCGCAAAGGGACUGCUUUCAUGGAGAUGCAGCAGCAUGAGGAAUACAUCAGUGGCAUGGCAAUAGAUGAGAACAAGAAGCUCCUGCUCACCACCAGUGGCGAUGGAACCAUGGGUGUCUUCAAUCUCAAAAGACAUCGCUUUGAGCUGCAGUCAGAGUCUCAAAAUGGAGACCUGACAUCCAUUGCUCUGAUGAAGAGGGGGAAGAAAGUGGCUUGCGGCUCCAGCGAGGGAACCAUUUAUCUAUUCAACUGGAAUGGCUUUGGUGCUACUAGUGACCGCUUUGCAGUGAAGGCAGAGUCCAUCGACUGCAUGGUUCCAGUCACAGAGAAUGUCCUAUGCACAGGCUCCAUUGAUGGAGUUAUCAGGGCUGUGAAUAUCUUGCCAAAUCGGGUCAUUGGCAGUGUUGGACAACACCUGGGAGAGCCCAUUGAACAGCUAGCUAAGUCUCACACUGGGCAGCUCUUGGCCAGCUGUGGCCAUGACCAGAAGGUGAAGUUUUGGGACAUCUCGUCACUCAGCUCCAUAGUGGUGGAUGACUACAGGAAGAGGAAGAAGGGUGGGCAGCUGAAGGCCCUGAGCCGCAAAGCCUUUGGGGGUGGAGACGACUUCUUUGCUGACCUAAGAGAGGAGAUUGAGGCCCCAAAGGAGGAAGAGGAGGAGAAGGAGAAAGAGGACAGUGAUGAGAGUGACAGUGACUGAAGGCCUAGGGAGGCUAGCUACAUGGCCAGAGUGGGUCCAAUGGAGGUAUGGACUGGUGAAGUCAGCAGAAUGGGAAAGAGGCACAUCCUUACUAUGGUGUGAAAGCAGCAGGAAGCCAAGCCUGUUUCUUUAUCUUUAAAAGAUGCUGGGCAAAGGACUGAGUGAAUGACUUGGUUUCCUGGAACAGCCUCAGCACAACUGCAGGCAGAUCCUCUGUCUCUUCAUGGGAGACCCAGGGCCUGCAGCCAUCUACCCAGUGAAACCACCUGGUCUUGUAUGAAAAAAAUGCAUCCUUGGAAA